UGUAAGUGCUGCGGCCUAUCAGAAAAACGUCCUCGCUCCUUCUCUUUCUUUCACCACCACCCCCUCCUUGGCCCGUCUCUCGUUAAAAGGCCCCUCCUUUUCCAAUCCCCCUUUGGAACACUAGAGUCACCAUGAUCUACGCACUCACCGCCGUCGUCCUCGCGCUGCCACUCACCGCGUCCGCUUUCCACCAGGACGACACCCUCCGCCGCCGCCAUGCCAAUGUCGCACACAAGCCCGCGUUUAUGCGCCGCGCAGCCAACUACACCAUCAAGGAUCACUUCGUUGGGGAGGAUUUCCUGCAGUGGACUUUCUUCAACAGCCCGGACCCAACGGGGGGUCUGGUGAACUACGUUGACCAGCAGACCGCUGUUCAGAACGGCCUCGCGACGGUCGACUGCAACAACGUGACGACGCUCGCCGUCGACGUCAACCAGACUGUCGCCUCUGGCGGCAACCGGAACUCCGUCCGCAUCAGCUCGCCGGAGACGUACAGCUCUGGUCUGUUCAUCGCUGAUUUCGCCAAGAUGCCGACGGGCUGUGGUACUUGGCCUGCGUACUGGACCGUCAGUGCGACGGCGACAUGGCCCGAUGGUGGCGAGAUCGACAUCAUCGAGGGUGUCAACACGAACACUCAGAACCAGAUCACCCUUCACUCUGGUGCUGACUGCACGCUCAACAACACGGUGAACACCACCUCCCACCUCCUCGGCACCGAGUGCGCUAGCUCUGCGGGUAACGAUGCUGGGUGCGCCUGGCAGCAGGCGAGCGCGACGACCUUCGGUGCGGGCUUCAACAGCGCUGGCGGAGGUGUCUACGCGCACCUGUGGAACUCGGAUGGCAUCACCGUCUGGAACUUCGCGCGCGACGCCAUCCCGUCCGACAUCACGAACCAGACCCCCGACCCGUCCUCCUGGGGCGUCGCCGCCGCGGUCUUCCCGAGCGCGGGCUGCGACAUCUCCAGCCACUUCUACGACCACACGAUCGUCCUUGACACCACGCUCUGCGGUGACUGGGCUGGCCCCGCGUACGCGUCCUCGGGCUGCCCUGGUACGUGCCAGGAUGCCGUCGCCAACGCGACCAACUUUGUCGACGCGCAGUGGAAGAUCAACUACAUCACUGUCUACCAGUAGACGCCUCACGCAUGGUCUCUCGUUCUCCUCUAACGACGUCCGCAACAUACUUAGUUUUCCGCCACUGGCACCCCACCCUCACCUCGCAACGCACUGCACCUAGUCUCGUAUACCUGAUGUCCUACUGAUCUGCUAUUUAUCACCGACCUUCAGCCGCGCACCCGCUUCUACUUAUCUUGUCCACGUCGGUGAUGGAUGUCCAUAGCUAUAGAUAGCGCAAUUUCCGUUCCGUGUUACCCGUUCCCGCGAUGGGCUCGCGUAGACGUCGCUUACUCGCUUAUACCUCGACGCUGCUGCAUGGGCGGGCCCGCCCGAUCCUCGACGGAGCGGUGCUGCAGCCGCCGCGUACCACUCUGGGUCCUCGGGCUGCGUCCGAGGCGAUGCUAUCAUUAUUAUUACUACACGUUCCGCGAAUGCCAUAGCGUUAUGCCGUA